CAUGAUUGCCCAUGCACAAUGACGCAAACAAACGCACAGAUCGCGUGUGACAUCGGAGUGUGCCGUCCCUAGCACGCGACCACCUACUGUAGCUUUUGUACCUGCAUAACGAGCUCUAGGUGUGCAUCAUUCGUCGUCUUGAAUCCAUCAAUCGCACUCGGAUACUUGCAACACAGUUUACCAAAGCCAAAAAGUCUUAACAAUGCCGCGCGGAAACGAUCCCCAGACCAAGAUCCACUACAAGGGCAAGAACGAGGACUUCAUCAUCUUCGCCGAUUCGGCGCAGGCAGUCAAAGACUGGAAGGCCGACAAGAGUGUGCCUCUAGCGCAGGUAGUGAGUGGCUGGAAGGUCUUCAUUACGCACAAGCACGGCAACCAGGGUGUAUUGGACGGUGCUUCGAAGGGUCAGCUUGAAGACGAAUUUGGCACGAGCAGAGAUGAUGAUGUUGUAACGAAGAUUCUCGAGGGUGGUUCGAUCAUCGAAUCUGAGGAGAAGGGUCGUAUGGGUGACCGGAACAUCACGGAGGGUGGAAGGGUGGCUCACUGAGAAGGCAAGCGGGCACACUUCGGCCAUAACGAGCACACGAUGACCACUACGAUGAAAACGGCUUGUAGCCGAGAUUGCGGCCAGGUUGGAUCACAGCCUUCGGACUCGCCCUGCACACGAGAGAUCAAACGGAUAUAGGAACGACUGGUUCAGAUGGUUAGCCACCCGCAAACAAAGAACGAAGAAACUCAGCGGGAAUGAGUACCGUGCACACUUUCAUUUCAUUUACACGCAAGUCGUUACUUAUCCGCACUGUCAUUUGCUGUAUAAAUGAUCACCUCACUGUAUCCGGUUAGUGCAAUCUACAGGCAGCAGUGUGUGCCUUCCCGUCACGGAAAGUUUGCUGCAAACUGCGGUGAGGUCAAUUAAGACACUUCGGGACAUCACUUGCUGGACUUUGCCAGCUGUUGUCAGCAUGCUAUCUAUCCCUUGCUAUUACUCUCGAAAGAGUCCAC